GGUGAUGAGUAAGGAUCAGGGGAAGGCCGACAGGGCGGCUAUCCAGGUGGGAGCCAGGUACACUCCACCCAGCCGGCACUAAGAGGGAGAUGAGAAGCCCCACGGGCAGUCCUCGUUCCCGUGGGUGUCUCCACACAGCAGCUCUCUGCUGGGAACACGCUGCAGUGGGGAGCAGCGGCUGCGGGAGGUCCCUGGAGCUCGUAGGAGAGACGUUCCUGGCAGCAGCGCAGGAGCCAUGAGCCGCUGAGGCCGCCGGGCCCCGCCGGGCCUGCCGCCCGUCCGCCCUUCGCGCUCUGCCCCAUGUCCCCGCGCGGCCGCCGUCGCCGGCGGGGCCGUUGCCAUGGCGGGGGCGCGCGGGAAGCGCGGGCCCGGCGCGGCCAUGGCGGACGAGCUGUACCUGGAGAACAUCGACGAGUUCGUCACCGACCACAACCGCAUCGUGACAUACAAAUGGCUGAGCUACACCCUGGGCGUCCACGUCAACCUGGCUAAACAAAUGCUCUAUGAUUAUGUGGAGAGGAAACGGAAGGAGAACUCAGGAGCUCAGCUCCACGUCACCUACCUAGUAGCAGGAAACCUCCUCCAGAAUGGCCAUGUUUGCCACAAGGUUGCAGUAGUGAGGGAGGAUAAACUCGAAGCAAUGAAAUCUAAGCUGUCCACAGUUGCCAGUGUGCAUGUGUACAGCAUUCAGAAGGCCCUGCUGAAGGACAGCUCCCCCCUCUACAACACCGACUAUGACAUCGUCAAAACAAACCUGCAGCACUGCAGCAAGUUCAGUGCCAUCUGCUGUGCUGCCGCUGUGCCCAGGACGCCGCCUGACGCUCCCCGAGUGCCGGCACCCGCGCAGAGCACCCAGGGCCAGAGGGACCCUGAUGCUGCCGGUGUGGUCAAUGGCCACGGGCCCCCAGCUGCCAAGCCCCCCCCACAGCAGCACGGAGGGAUCAUGGGCAUGUUUGCAGCCAAAGCAGCGGCUAAACCCCAGGGCACACCGAAGGAGGCCAAAGCGGAGGCCAAGGAGGCCCCAGGUGUGUCUGCAGCAAGCAGCAAGCCACCAAUUAAGAACAACAUCAUGAACAACUUCUUUGGAAAAGCUGCUAUGAAUAAACUCAAAGCCAGCUCUGUGCCUGAGCAGCCAAAGGAGGAGAAGGAAGCAGUGAAGCCUUCAGUUGCUGUAGCAGAACCAGAGUCAUCUCCUAAUACUGCAGCAGAGAAACCUGGGAAGAAAACAGAGUCUGCUAGAAUUCAGCAAAAGGACAAGAAAAGUAAAACGAAGAGAGCAGAUAGGUCAGAUGACGAGGACGAAAGAGAUCCUGAAAGUGUCAAGAAAAGGAGGAAGAGAAUCAAACAACUUCAGUCUGACAGCAGUGAUGAAGAAGCAGACGUCCCACUGUCUCCCACACCCGAGGAAGAGAGAGCUCCUUCUCCACCACCUGUAUCUGCUCUGAAAACUGAACUGGAGCCUGCAUCCACAGAGGUGUCAGCUGCAGGGAGGAAGAGGAAGCGGAAGCGUGUGCUGAAAUCCAAGAUGUUUAUUGAUGAGGAGGAAGGCUGCAUGGUGACUGAGAAGGUUUACGAGAGCGAAUCCUGCACGGACAGCGAGGAUGAAUUCCCCAAGCCCAAGGCACCAGCUCCACACAAACAGCCUGUGCUGCCCACAAAGAGAGAGCCAAAGGAAGAAAGGAAGAACCUGAAGAAAGGGGCAGCUCCUGCCAACAGAGCCAACAAACAAGUCUCCAUCAUGGGCUUUUUCCAGAAGAAAUGAACUGGGUCUAUCUCCCAGUGCCCUUGGCAGCUUGGGAGUGUUGCUCCCUUUUUUUUGUGUGGCUCUCUGCAAGCUGCUGCUGCUUGUGGAGGCCAACAUGCAACCCCUGGUUACGCAAGGUGUCCUGCUUACUGUGUAAGGAAGCCCUCUGGACUAGAUUUUGUAUCAGAGAAAAGUUUUUAUUUGUUACUGCAGUAAUUUCAGUCAUCUUCACUAAGCGGUGUGGGAACUUCCAGCUAAAAGCAACAUUUAGAGGAGCUCUUGAAAGACUGCUAAAUCUGUUAACAUGAAAUUGUAUUUUUGGUGCUAAGUUAGGAGAGGGAUUGUGGAGUUUUCCUCCCCUCUUUGUACACCCUCAACUCUUCAGACUGAUCCAGAUGUUCACAUUGGAUAGAAGCCGUAAUGCAGCAGGUCCUCAGGCACAGACACAAAUACUGAACAUCUGCUUCAGUUUUAACUGAAUGAAAUGUACUUCAUUUCCCCCCUAAGACUGGUAAAUAGUUUUUGCUCUGCCUUUCAUAAUCUUUU